AUGGGGUUCGAGAUAUGCCGGCAGCUGGCGUCCAGCGGGCUCACCGUUGUCCUGACCGCGCGGAACGAGACAAGGGGAGCCGAGGCGGUCGACAGGCUUCGCGGCCUCGGCCUGCCGGACGUCGUGUUCCACCAGCUGGACAUCACGGAGCCCGCCAGCGCUGCUCGCUUGGCUGAUUUCGUCAGGAGCAAGUUCGGCAGGCUCGAUGUGUUGAUCAACAACGCAGGAAUACUGGGAGUGACGAUGGAGGUUGGAGAUGAGGCAGCCAUCAAAGAAAUGCUUGCAGAUAUGGAUGACAUGGAAAAGCUUGAAUGGAUCAGGAAGCACACUACGGAGCCUUACGACAAAGCAAAGGAGUGCUUGAUUACAAACUACCAUGGCACUAAAAUUGUCACAGAAGCACUUCUUCCUCUCCUACAGUUCUCAUCCCAUGGAAGGGUUGUAAAUGUAUCAUCUGAUUUUGGACUGCUCAGGGAGCUCAACAACAUUGAUAGCCUAUCAGUACAGAGAUUAGAUGAACUGUCAGAAUUUUUCCUUAAGGACUUCAAGAAUGGGCAACUAGAACCCCAUGGGUGGCCGACUGAAGGAGGGUACCCUGCAUAUAAAGUGUCCAAGGCUCUUACAAUGCUUAUUCGAGAAUCAUUGCAAACAAGCACCUAG